AUGGCGGCGAACGUCAGUCGGGUGUGCACGAUUCUGGUUUACGUGUUGGCGGGGACGCCCGAGUUUGUGGACGUGACGUACGAGCUCGCGGUGGGGAACGUGAACAUUCACGUGCUCACGACGUUGGCCGUGUUCGGCACCGUGCUCUUGGGGUGCGCGAUGGAGGGCGCGCUGCUCUUGGUGCUCUUCGCCCUGGCGCACUUCGUGGAGGAUCGAUUGACGCUGCACGCUCGGGGGGAUUUGAAGGCGUUGUGGGGCACGGUGCCCACGACGGCGGACGUCGUGCAGUUGCUCGCCGAUGGGACGCCGGAUUUGACGACGCUCCGAGAGAUGCCCGCGGCGGACGUCGACGUUGGGACGAUGAUUUUCGUCAAGGCUGGACAGCAAGUGCCGUUGGAUGGUAUGGUUGUCCACGGCAGCGCGUUAGUGAGCAUUCAACACAUCACCGGUGAGGCUUUGCCGGUGAUGAAGAGAUACGGCGAUGAGAUUCCCGCCGGCGCGAUGAACACCGACGGCGUGCUCGUGGUGAAGAGCUUGAGAUCGAGCGAGGAGAGCACACCGGCGCGAAUCGCGCGACUCACCGAGGCUGCGCAGCGGCGUCGUCCGAAAGUCUCACGAUUGAUCGAUAGCAUAGGAGACCGCUACAGUAAGGCGAUAUUGGCCAUCACCUUUAUUACCAUGGCCGCGGCGCCGAUGGUGCUCGGGAUUCCAUUUUUGGGUCGCGGCGGUGCCAUGUAUCGCAGCUUUGCGUUUUUAUCCUCCGCAGCGCCGUGUGCAUUGUUGAUGUCGCCGCUCGUGUACGUGGCGGCCAUCGGGGCCAUGGCUCGGCGAGGUGUGCUCAUUCGAGGCGGCUUGACUCUCGACGCUUUGGCCGAAGUCGGCGCGGUGGCGCUCGAUAAGACGGGAACCAUCACGACGGGGCAAAUGAGCUGCACGAAUAUCACACAAUUUGAAGACGGUGCGCAACACGACACUGCUCCGAGCGCGUCAGUCAAGGCUCUGGCGUACGCGCUGAGCCUCGAACGCGGUUCGUCCCACCCGAUUGCCGCCGCGGUGACGCAAGCGGCGCGGGGGAUCAUUUUGCCAGACGUCGGUCCCGUGACGGAUUACAAAGUCAUCGCGGGGAGUGGUGUGGAAGGCACGAUCGACGGCAAGCGUGCGCGAUUCGGUAGCUCCGAGUUUGCGCUCGAGCUGUGUAACACUGGCGCUGCGGAAUGCUCCGCCGAGGUCAUCGCGCAAGAGGGCGAAGUGCUCUCUGUGCUCGCGAUUGAGGGCGAAAGCCCGGCGCUGUUUAGGUUUAGUGAUACGCUUAAUUUGCAGGCGCCCGAUGCCAUCGAGUCCCUGCGUACUGGCAAGUGCCGACGGAGAUGGUGGGAGGUGGCGAGCGACUCGACGGGUAUGGAGUUGGCCAUGCUCACGGGCGACAACAAGACGAGCGCCAUAGCCAUGGCUGAGGAGAUCAAGUUGAAACCGGAAGACGUACACGCCGGAUUGACUCCGUCUCAAAAGCUUGCACUGGUUGAAUCAAUGCGAGAGCGCGUGAAAUCCAAGCAAUAUCCUCGCGUGGCCAUGGUUGGCGAUGGUAUCAACGAUGCCCCAGCGCUCGCCGCCGCGGAUGUCGGCGUCGCCAUCGCGUCGACGCCGAGCGAUGCCGCCGCGAGUGCGGCGGAUGUACUGUUGCUCACUAAAGACGAAGGAGGCAUCUCUCAAUUACCAGAGCUGUUUUCCAUCGCCGAGCGCACGCGACGCACUUUACGACAAAACAUCGCACUCGCCGUGGUAUCAAUCUUGGGGUCAGCUAUUCCCGCUCUCUUCGGCGCGUUUCCGCUAUGGUUGGCGGUAUUGCUGCACGAAGGCGCGACCCUCAUGGUGGCGAUGAACUCAGUGCGUUUGCUU